AGUCAAAAUGAUACAAAUUAUGAACUGGCUUUCGAUGGCCAUUGGCUUGAUACCCUUGAAUCGUCAGCAAUUGCAGUCGAAUUUCCUGGUGGAUUACGUGAUGAUGGUUUUGGUGCCGUGUCUUUAUCUUAUUGCAUAUUUUGGGAUUAUUUUGAUGCAACGCUUUGGCCUUGCUUUUCUCGAUGCCUGCAACAGCGUUUGUCGCCUGAGCAACAAUCUCUUUAUGCAUCUUGGUGCAUUUCUCUAUGUGACCAUCUUUGUGAUGAGUUUGUAUCGUCGCAAGCAGUUCUUUGUGGAUUUCGAAACACAUCUCGCUGAGAUCGAUGUCGUCAUCCAAAAGUGUCGCCAAGUUGCUGAUCUUGAUAAAAGUCGUGUCAAAGCGGUCAAGCAUAGUGUUGCUUAUCACUUCACCUGGCUCUUUGUCUUUGGCGUCUUCAUCUUUGCCUUGUACUACGAUGCAAGCGCUUUGUAUGGCACCUUCGGCGAGUAUGCGAUAAUACCAUUCAUGGUAUCGAGUUUUCCAUAUCUGGCUGGCAGCAUCAUUCAAGGGGAAUUCAUCUAUCAUGUGUCUGUCAUUUCGAAUCGCUUUGAGCAAAUUAACACGCUAUUCGAGAAAAUUAACCAGGAGGCACGUCGCCGGCAUGCUCCAAUCCAAGUGUUCGACAUCGAGAGCGAGGGCAAGAAGCAGGAGCGGAAAUCGGCAGUAAUGGCAACCAAAACAGCAUUUGGCAUUGAGCAAAAACUGGCCGAUGAAAUGAAACGUCAAAAGUCGCCACAUGAGGAUGAGGACGAGAUGAAUACCAGCGAUGAGGAGGACGAUGAUAUUUUUGAUUACAAUGAUACCAAUACCGAGAACACUGAGAGCACCUCGGAGACCAAUUUGCCGGAUCUGUUUAAGCUGCACGACAAAAUCCUCUCGCUGAGUGUGCUGACCAAUGGCGAAUUUGGACCGCAAUGCGUUCCCUAUAUGGCCGCCUGUUUUGUGGUCAGCAUUUUUGGCAUAUUCCUCGAGACCAAGGUCAAUUUCAUUGUGGGCGGCAAGAGUCCAGUGCUCGACUACAUGACUUACUUGUAUGUCAUCUGGAGCAUCACCACAAUGGUUGUGGCUUAUAUUGUGCUGCGUCUCUGCUGCAAUGCCAACAAUCACUCGAAGCAAUCGGCCAUGAUUGUGCACGAGAUCAUGCAGAAGAAGCCAGCUUUUAUGCUCAGCAACGAUCUCUUCUACAACAAGAUGAAAUCUUUUACUCUACAAUUCCUUCAUUGGGAAGGCUACUUUCAGUUCAAUGGCAUCGGACUUUUUGCCCUCGACUACACAUUCAUUUUCUCGACUGUUAGCGCCGCCACAUCGUAUUUGAUUGUUCUGCUGCAGUUUGACAUGACGGCCAUUCUUCGCAGCGAAGGUCUGAUGACCUAAACGCGCGCUCUGCAAAUUGAAUUAUUCGACACGUUUGGACGAUUUUUGCUACAUUUUGCUAGCUUUUACUUUUUGCAAACAUUUUUAAUAGCACAACAAAAAAAUUACCUGCACCACUUGGCAUCGAAUGCGAAAUACGCUUGCAAUCGAUAGAAAAAUUAUUUCUUGUGUGAAAUUUAUGAAUUGGUUAUCUAAGCACUGGAGUACUUUCAAAUAUCCAAAUGUCAACAAGGUGGCAACGCUGGCUGUGGAUGUCAGGCAAAAGCUUUUCGCUAGCAUACACACUACAGGUGUUUGCACACACAUAAGGCAAACAAAUAACAGAGAGCGUCGUCGGCAGCAACAGGAAAACCCCGUGCUUUUUAAAUGGAACGUUCAAUCACAUUAAGUAUACGCCAAGGCUAUAUUUAAGUUGAAUUCAUCAGCGUAAUCUCGAAAUUAAACAUUGGCUUUGCUAGCAAAUACACAAAGCGCCAUUUUGGUCUUCUAUUUAUAAUUCAAACGUGGCCAAAGAUUUGAAGCAGAAAAAUAUGCAAGAAAAAAUGCUCAAGGCGCACACAGGCUAAAUAUUUGCCUGCCGUAUUUAUGAAGUUUAAAAGCCAAUAAUAAACUACAUAAAUGCUACAAAAUUCAAUGGGCAAACAAAGGGAAAAUUAACUUUACACACAAGACAACACACACACACCAACACAGAAAGAGAGAGAGACAAAGAAAGGAAGAAAAGCUGUUCACAUGUCUCAAAAAUUUAAAUAUUUCUACGCAUAUUUCGA